AUGCUUGACGGAGUCCGGGUGCUGACGCUGGCAUUGAUGCUCCUGGCCGCCGGGAAAGCUCAGAAGUGCUCUCCUGGGGGACACCAGUUUCUUCAGAGCCCUUAUAGAAGUGUCCAUUUUGACUCCCUGCGCCUCCAGCAAUUAGCCAUUCAAGACCUGAUAUGUCACCACUCCCUUUCUCCCUGAUGGUAUCGAUUUCUCCUCUUUGACAGACCUGCUAAGAUGCCAACCAAAUGUGUUGAGGUAUCAACUCACUAAUGUGAACUACACGUGCUUUUUCUUAACAGGUCAGACAGCCAAGUUUUGAUCACAGGCUGUCACUCUCCAGGGCUCAGGUACUUAACCUCACUAUACACAUGGCAGUUUUUGUUUAGCACCACAAAAGACUGCUGUCUUUUUCAAAUCCCAGUGUCCGUAAUAAACUGUGGAAUAUUUUUUGUGUACUUACUACAACCCACUCAGGGAUAUAUGGGAUAUUGUGCAGAAGGGUUCUUUGCCAAGAUGUUCAAAUCCUCAAAAAUAUUUGUUAAUGUGAAAGUAUCAACAGUUAAUAUCAGCAGUGAUAAUGGAAGCCCCAAAAUUGAUCAAACUUUUAAUAACUGUGUUGCUUUUAUUAAUGAAUGGAGGAUUUUACCAGGAAAAAGCAUGUUUGACACAAUGCCAGUUUCUCUGCCAUCACCUAGAAAACAAUCCUAUUGUAGCUGCUCAAUGGACACUACUUCAUUGUAUCCAUCUUCUAAUCAUCUGGAAAGUGUUUCUCAAUCAGAGAUUGUUUCAGCUUGCAAAGACCCCAAACAUGUCAAAUUCGCUUCCUUGAUAGAGCUAGAUGUCACCUCUGAAUAUAUUAAUUCAGAAACUCCUGUCAGAGGAAUAAACAAGCAUACAUCUCCAGAAAAAAAUAAUUUGGAUUUCUUUCCUCAAGAAAAAAAGCAUGUGAAUCGAACCAAUCUGGACUUAAAUUUACAAAAACAUCCUGGGAAUGAAAAACAAGAUGCAUCAAAAACUUUGGACAAGGGGAGACAUACACAGGACCAGGGUAAUCACAGCCAAGAAACAAGGUGGGAUCGACAAAACAGAUGGAAACAGCAAAACUUCAGUGAGUUUCUUCCUUUGUUUGCUUUUCAAAGUCUCAGCCAAAAUGACCUAGAAGAGAUUACUUAAUUUUUCCCCGAGGACCGUACUGAGGAUGUCCACCAGGAGUUUGUCCCCAUGUGGCCCACACCAUCUGGCCACACCGAAUACAGCACAUCAGCACUAUGUCAGCACACUCUUGCCAACUCCAGCAUAGGAAUGCACUGUCUUGCCUUUCUUGGUGUGAUAGAGAUGUGUUUUAAGGAUGUUCUCCUAAAAGAUGAUCUUAGCUGGGCAGAAGCAGGUGUGGCCCUUUUAGAAAAUGAAUGUGAAAAGAGGAUUUUGGAAGAGGGGAAAUAUAACAGAGAAGAAUACAGUAAGUCAAUUAAAGACAUUUUUUUGUCAUUAAAAUUCCCCAAUUUAUGCAGUGGCCAUGGGCAGUGUAUGGAAUGGGGGUGUGCAUGCUCCCCAGGCUUUAGUUCCUAUGAUUGCAGUGAUUCACACAACAAGGUUCCUGAAAUUAUAGAACUUGAGAAUGCUGGUUUGUGUAAUAUUCAAAAAUAUAACUGUAUGAUGGUGAGAGUUUUUGGUCAAGGCUUCAAAGAAUCACCUUCAAUUAAAUGUGAAGUUACUAAACUGAAGUUUUAUACUUAUUUGGAAGUUGAAACACAGUUUUUAAAUGAAUUUACUACACAUACUGUGGUUCUCACAAGGUCUGACAACAGUGUAACUAAGGAAGAAGAUGGUAAAAAUGCCAAUCAGGGGCUUCCCUGGAAUGUUAGGCCAACAAAUGGAAAUGCCUCUACCAUUUGUAGGCAUCCAUGUGGAAAAAACAGGGAGUGUGUUGCCCCAAACAUAUGUGAAUGUAAACCUGGUUACGCUGGUUCUAACUGCCAAACCGCUAUAUGUCAUCCUGAUUGCAGAAACCAUGGAAAAUGUAUUAAGCCUAACAUUUGUGAAUGCCCCCCAGGACAUGGUGGAGCUACCUGUGAUGAAGAACACUGCAGACCACCUUGUCAACAUGGUGGGACCUGCUUGGCUGGAAAUCUCUGCACUUGUCCUUAUGGUUUUGUAGGACCAAGGUGUGAAACAAUAGUUUGUAACAGGCACUGUGAAAAUGAAGGCAAAUGCCUUACACCAGAUGUUUGCCAGUGCAAGCCUGGCUGGUAUGGACCCACCUGUAGCACAGCUUUGUGUGACCCGGUUUGCCUCAAUGGUGGUUCCUGUAAUAAGCCAAACACUUGCCUCUGUCCAAAUGGAUUCUUUGGUGCACAGUGUCAGAAUGCUAUCUGUCACCCUCCCUGUAAGAAUGGUGGUCACUGCAUGAGAAAAAACGUGUGUGCCUGUCCUCAAGGAUACACUGGUAGGAGAUGCCAAAAAAGUAUCUGUGAUCCCAUAUGCAUUAAUGGAGGAUAGUGCGUGGGACCAAGUGUUUGCUCUUGUCUUUCUGGCUGGACAGGGAAACAGUGCAACACACCUAUCUGCUUUCAGAAAUGUAAAAAUGGUGGUGAGUGUAUUGCUCCUAGCAUAUGCCAUUGUCCUACGACAUGGGAAGGAGCAGUCUGCUGUCAAAAGUGUCUUUAUGGAGGCAGAUGCGUACUCCCCAACAUAUGUUCUUGCUGCACUGGAUAUACUGGAGUCAAAUGUGAAAAGAAAAUACAGCAGAUCAUCCUCAUCCCCAUUAAUGUUGCUUCUGAGACUGCAUCUGGAACCAUAUUAAGGAAAGAAGAACAGAAGUCCGGUUUCAUUUGCUCACAGGGGGCCGCAUGCAGAGUCCACACACCCAGCACUUCUGACCGGAAUUCCCAGAGCCGAGCAUCUGCGCCUGACACCUCAGCUUGGCUGGCUGUGCGCAGAAGAGCCGCGCACGACCCCGCAGUUCAAGAUGGCGGUGGUGGGCUGUGCGCAGACGCGCUGCACCGGCACUGCCGGCUGGAGCCGUGA